GUCUCCGUCUCUCUCUCUGCCCCUUCGUCAGCUCACACUCUGUGUGUCUCCCUCUCUUCCUGAAAAAUAACCAUCAAAAAAUUUUAAAACAACAGGGUUGACUGGGUGGCGCAGUCAUUGUAGCGGCUGACUCUUGCUCUUAGCUCAGGUCAUGAUCUUGCACAGACUCUGCACAGAACCUGCUUGGGAUUCUGUCUCUCCUUCUCUGCCUCUCCCCCACUUGUGUUCUCCCAGUGUCUCUCUCGAAAUAAAUAAACAUUAAAAAAUGUUAAAUAAAAACCUCCAGUACAAAUGGGCCCCAUCCAAUCCCCUUCAGUCCUUCUUGUCUGGCAAAUUCUCAUCUCUCUGCUUUUUUCUAGAAAUACAUUUCUCCAAGUUACUGAUCAAUAUUGGAAAUAUCACAAUUGAGUCUAUUGAUGGCACAAGAAAUUCAGUCCCAGCACUACUUGCAAAUCAUUCAUUCAUCUCACAAAUACUUAUCCCAGGCUUACAUGGAAACAAAAGAAUUGGAGUUAGGUCACUAUUUCCUUCGUCUGUUCUCUUGCCAAUUCUACUCAGAUCUAUUUUAAAUUUCCUUCACUUUCCCCAACUUAGGCCCUCUUCAUUUUCCCUGCAGAUGUGCUGGACCACAGUUCACAGAGGAGCUAGAAAGCCAUGAGAUGGCAGCUCUUCAUCAGAACACAACACAGCAAAACCUUCCAACAAUACUUCCCCAUUCCACUUUCUUUCCCAGUGUCGAAGGAAAUACUCUUUAUUGAGAGAUCCCUAAAUUCUAGUCUUGAUGGGACUGAGCCUCCCUUGCCAGGUCUCCUCCUGCUCCUUUCCCUCUUUUACUUUUUUAAGCUUUUUUACUACAGAAAUGUUUAAACAUGCACAAGAGCAGCUAGAACAAUAGAAUGUCCCACACGCCCCUCACCCAAGUUGCACUAUUAUCAUCUGGCAGGUGUGAUUACGAUUAAAGUGCAAAAGCCCAUUGUAAGAUCUUCCCAUCUAGGGGCUCCUCAGUCGGUUAAGCAUCUGACUCUUGGUUUAGGAUCAGGUAAUAAUCUCAGGUUCACGAGUUCCAGCCUCACAUCAGGCUCUGUGUUGCUGGUGUGGAGCCUGCUUGGGAUUCUCUCUGCUCCUCCUCCUCCAUCUCUCUCUGCUCUCCCCCCCUCAUGCUCGCUCUCUCUGUCUGUCUCUCAAAAUAAACAAACAUAAACAAACAUCUUGCCAUCCAUCUCUAAGACAUAUGCUAUGUGCCCAUGUCAAAGCUCUCACAUUUCUUUGAUAUUUAUCCCCUGUGGAACAUACUUAUUCACAAUAGAUGUACGCAGCAUUGGUGCCAAAAAAGCACUGAACUUAUAGGCACUUUAGCAAUCAGUUCUGCUCUGCCUUGCAGUCAACCCUGAGGAGCCCUUUGAGUGAAUUCCUCACCUCCACAUGAGAAGUAAUCUUACAGAGCAAAUUCAGGGCACGAUCUCACUGUCCCUUCAUCACACACAUCAGGGCAGAGCCAAGAGGAGGAGGAAAGGUGGGACACUGAAUGCCUGUUCCAGAGAACUCAUCUCCAGAUAGCCCUGGUGGAUGGUCCACUUGUAUCCCAACAAUCAGAGGUAGUGCUCAUUUAAGCUCGUCAAUUUCCGGAUUCUCCUGUUGGCAGGCUCAUGCGCAGAACAUGUUCCUCCCCGCAUUAUCACACUCUAAUUUUCAGCAAGAGCAAGAUUACUUCCAUCUACCAGAAACCCAUCUCUGGGGAGACCCUGCUAACAGGCACAAGGAGGCCGGUGGAAUUUCUUUCCUUGACCUUAACAUACAGGAAGUCUUAGAGAGACAAAUGAAAAAGAGAAUGCCUUUCCAGAUUUUGGAGAAGAAAGAAAAAGAAGAGGGACCAUUUUCAAAACACACGUGGCCAGAAUACCAAAGGACAUCUUCAGUGAAUUCACUGCAGCCCUUUGAUGUACAGGUCACCACAGCCCCCAAAACUGGCUGGAAUUUUGAAGGCAAACCAGAGCACCUGUGCAUUUGUCAGCAGCUCCUCGAUCUCAAGUGUUUGGGGGAAAACUUGUAUCAGAAAUAUAGCCAGCUCGUCUGGGGUCUUCCCUCCUCACAUAGUGAGUCCUUAGUAGACACUCUCCUGGUUUCUAGUAGUACUUCCCCACUAGGGUCUCACUUUGUCUUAUUCAAUGGAUGCUGUAAUGCUCCUGCAGUCAAAAUGCAGGAUCAAGAAGUUCUACUCCACCCUCAUUCCCAUCGCCUUCCUCUCCCCGGUUUAUAUUCCCGACCCUGGCCUCAAAACUUGUCCCAAUCCCAGCCGCUAUCUUUCACUCAGGUGAACCCCCAGGCCCACCUUCAACCUCGCCUACCAAUCAUACCAUCGUCUUCUUCACCCCAGAAUAGGGACUGUGGAGUGUUUUUCCAAGGAUCCAAGAAUGAGUCAGACUCUCCUGUCUUGACUGAAAACCAGCAUGUGCCAUGGCACAUGUUGAAGAAGCACCAGGAAAGUUUGUGGGGUUUAGUCCCUGGGUUCCCAAGAUAUCCUGAAGCCAUUUGUCCUCAAGCCCCCAACUUUCCAUUGGUUAUAUGGUCAUCCAUCAUUCCUGGCCAUUUCCAUAUUACCUGUGAAUCCCAGGAGAGACUGGAGUUUCACAGUCCAAGGAAGGUACCCCAUGCUGGUGCUUGCAUGCCUGUACAAAUCUAGAGUCUCUAGCACUGAUGGAGCCUCAGUGUACAUGAACAGAAAUGUCUCAGCAAAAAAGCAGACAUGUUUGCUCAAAAUUCUCUGAGCUCCAGGGCCACAGUAGCCAAGGAUCUAGCAAAGACUGAAUCGAGUUUCCCAGGAAGUUUCCAUGAGAGGGUCCCAACAGAGUUCCAGCUAAGGAUGAACAUGAUGAGGAUCUUGGGUAAAUCUAGAGAAGAGCCCAGAAGGCAGCCCACAAAGGGUCUCAGAAUGCUACCUAGUGAAGGGUCUUAGGGCUUCUUUGGAGGCAAAAAGUAACUGUGUGUGUCAUUCAAGGAGUCACUAGGGAAUGAAUUGCUAAAUGUCUCAAGGAAGGACACAGACCAGAACCAAAUGAAAUCUGACCUUAGAUUACAUUUGAACAAGAAAUUUUGGUAGAUUACUGCGGGUAGGAUUCCUACAGGUGUGUGUUGUUCAUGGCUGGCUGAUGACAAUGCACUGCCUUUGUGUGGGAGUUCCCAGACUAAAAUGGAAAACACAAAUCAAAAAAGACAAUGGUGGGUAGGGUUUGCUGCCAGAUUACCAUUCUGGAGCCUUCCUUUCUCGAUCCCAAUACCCGACGGCUGCUAGAGGCCCAUAUUAUAAGAUUUCGGAUGAGUCGGAGGUGAGGUCUACCGCUCAGGGUUCUUGAAUCCAUAAAAUUCUAUAUGUUGAGAGAAGCCACAACAUGGCCUGUUCCCCAAUUAGACAUUCCCUCCUCAGCCAUGCAUAUUUCUCUGGUGGAUUCCAAAGCUGAGUUUUCUAACCCCCAUGAGAGAAGCUCUAAAACUUUUCAUGGCAACAGGAUGAGAACACCAAAUUCAGUCCCCACCCUGGAUCAUUCUCUCCCUGCCAUGUCACCUAUGGGCAAUGAAGGACAGAGGGCCCUGAAAGCAUCACUCUCUGACACCAACCAUGAGCUUGCAGAGGGUAUCCAGACAGCUGCGUAUGGAAGUCAGACUUUCCAGUCUCUUACACACAGCAUCAUAGCUCAAGUGAGACAGAGGGAGGCUGUACUAGACAGCAGAUGUGGCCCAGAGGUACCCCCAAAGCAAGCUGAAGCUGGACAUGAGCCAAAGGAUGAGAAUGUGAGUCCUGGCGAUGGAACUGAAAUGGCUCAGGGCAGAGCGAUGGUGCAGAAGAAUUUAGACCAUUUUGCAAAGCACAACUUGUCCAGGGGCGUAUUCAACACCAAGGAGCUGUGUACUCUUCAAUCCCAAUCUUGUGAAGUCUUGACAACCAGUGAGUUGGAAAGCUCCAAAAUGACAAAUGUCAAUUUGAGUAAGGUAGAAGCUGUGCCGACCACUGAACAGCCCUCACCAACAGCACUGGCUCCCCAAGAUUCUAAACUAUCAGACCUUAAAAGACAGCUCCUUAGUGAGUUAAAGUCGAAAGUGUAGAGGGAGGACCACAAUCAAGCUCAAGCAUGGAUGCCACUGGCAUGCCCCUUACUUCCGACAGCUUGACGUCCAAGGCCUCACUGACUCAGUCCCAGAGUGACUGUAGUGGGGAUAUGGGAGCGUCCCAGGUGCCGCAUGUCCACUUGGAGGACAACACAGCACGGAGCAGCAGCAGGAGUCCUGGCCCUCUAAGCUGGUCUUAGGUGAGUGCCAGCCUAAGAAUUUUCCACAAAGAAAAAGUGCAGAGAAAGUGAGACCUCAGGGUUCCAAAGCAGGAAAAUGUAGAAGGGAGGAUUCAGGGGUAGGGACAUCGGUAGCCAGAAAGAAGAGCCACCGUGUUGAGGACAGAAAAUUAGAGAGUGCUCCCUCACCUCUGUCACAGAACGAACAGUUUCUUCCCGAGAGUUACUUCAGAAAAAAGAUGAGGCAAUGUAUCAAGUGGAUCAAGGCCAUGAAAAAAAUCACAAAGCAGGAAAGUUGCCAGCACCGAGACCCAGUUGAAAGUGUGACUGACUGCUCUUGUGAGUGCUGGGCCUCCUGAAGCUCAUGAGCUCAUGAUUGCCACUGGGAAGAUCCUAGGCGUGAAGGUGGCAGGUAGGUAUGAAUCUAAGGCCUCAGAGUUAAGCCAGCAGAAGGAAGAACUCCAGGCCCAGGCAGGGCCUGACAAGAGGCAUCCCUCCAACUAUCAGGCUUUCUCUGACACACCACACGGCAAACGGGCCAGGAUCGAGUUCUGUAGCCAAGAAGCCGUCUCUGCGAACAGAAGUGUCUUACAAGUGUCAGGCAGAACAGACACAGGACCGGAAUUCCCCAGAAAGUUGGGGCCUUCAAGAAGCAGCUAUUAACUCCAAGCCAACUCGCUUCUUCUCUGUCCUCCAGGGAGCCCGUGCAUCACCUAGGCCCCACCUGUGUGCAUCAACUAUGCCAGGUCCUUGCAGCCCCCCUCACCGCUGAUGAAAGCACUGUGUUCAGAGAUUCAACCCUUCUAUUCAAGCAGAAAAUGCUUCUCCAGCACUUUGAGGGAGAAGAAAUUUCCCUAAAGAAAUCGUUUAGUCCUUGUUGAGAAAGCCUCACAGUUUUCACAGUAACAUAUCCUCUGAUCAGAACAAUCUUUCUUCAGCACAACCAAGAAUAUUAACCCUCCUCAAUAAACGUUUGCUCUAA